AUGUCACCCCAAGUUACAGGGCCCAGUUUACUGACUUUGGCUGGUCUGGUCUCCAGAAGCCUCUCGAGUCACGCCUUGGCCGCGCUGGCCGAGUUCCACGCCGAAAAGGACGCACACGAAAAGACAUUUGAGAAGCUGAGGACCGGCGCCGCUCCGAGAGCUGGAGCCGGACUCGGCGUCGUCGAACCGGAAGACGAGGACCCUGUAGCGGAGGAUGCGGACGAUCAACCGCUGAGCAUGGCGGCCUUUACGGAGGAUUGGAACGAAUCGCAGUUUUGGUUUCUCGACGAAACAGCCUUUGCUCUGGCCGAUCAGCUCCUCGAUGGUGCAUCGUCAAGCUCGACUAUUGGCGUAGUCUCGACACCGAGUGUGUUCAUCGCGCUCAAGAACCGUCUUAGAUUCUGGCCUAUUGAAGACCGGCCUAAGCUGGUCUUAUUCGAACAUGACCACCGUUUCAGCGUCUUUCCCGAGUUUGUCUUUUAUGACUUCCAGCGACCUCUCCAACUUCCAGCCCAUCUGAAGGGCAGCUUGGAUAGUAUUAUCAUUGACCCUCCAUUCUUCAGCAAUGACUGCCAGACAAAGUUUGCUCUAACAGGCCGUUGGCUCGUCAAGCCAAAGUCGCCUCGUGUGAUUGUCUGCACGGGAGAACGAAUGGCUACCAUUGUCGACAAGCUCUACCGUUCGCUUGGAGUCUAUGCGACAACAUUCGAGCCCGCUCACGCGGGUUUAAGUAACCACUAUUACUGCUACGCCAAUUUCGAGAGUUCAACUUGGGACUGGCGAUCUGAUGUAUCAGAUUAA